AUGAGAGGCAAGACAAGCCACCACGUUUUCUCCCCAGCGAAAGCGCAAUCACUCAGAUUCAGCACUGAUCAAACCUCUUCUUUCCUCCCUCUCAUCACCCGCGGCUGCGUAGAUUCGUACUCUUCUGCAGCGGCGUUUAGAAAUGGGAAAAGGACGAUAUCGCUGUGGAGGAAAUCGCCGCCUCUGUUGCUGUCCGCGGCGCUCAUCAUCGUAGCAUUGACAGUGACGCUGAGUGUUGAGGCGCGCCGCCUUGUCGCUGUUGGGGACCUCCACGGCGACUACGAGCAGAGCGUCUCCGUCUUGCGUCUUACGCGUCUCAUCGACAACCGCAACCACUGGAUCGGUGAGGAUGCGUUCCUCGUCCAGCUGGGUGACAUUCUCGAUGUUGGCCCCGAUGAUCUUCUCAUUGUCCGCCUAUUAAUGAGACUGCAGCAGGAGGCUCUAGCCAACGGGGGUGAUGUGAUUCAGCUGCUGGGCAACCACGAGCUGCGCAACUUCCGAGGCGACUACAAGGCGGUGGACGAGGCGAGCCUUGCUGCUAGUGGUGGAGCGAAGGGCCGUGACAUUCUUCUGUCCAAUGUGACAGAGCUAGGCAGAUACCUGCGUUCUCGCAGGGCGAUAUUCCACUACGGCCCGUUCCUCUUCAUGCACGGAGGCUUCUCCACGGCAACGGCCGGCAUGAUCACAAGUCUCAAGAAGAUCGAACAGUUUAACUCGGAGCUCAGCAAGGCGCUACUGAACGGCACCAUCUCACCUCUCGCGCGCAACGGUCUGGACCUGACUGAGGACGAGGUGAGCGACGUCGCCAACCCUAUCCUCGUGCGCAGCAUCUUGAAUGUCAAGUGUGGUGCGCUGAGCAAGGUGCUCGACAAAAAGUUCCCAGGCAUCCAGGCUGUCGUAGUGGGGCACGUGCCGCAUGACCCACGUGACUUCGAGGACUGGCGGCUCUGUAGGGGCAGGCUUAUCGACAUCGACUUUGGCAUGUCGCGCUGGAAGAAAGGCGACCCAGGGCACGUAGCGGCUUUGGAGAUCGAGGAAGGCACGUGGCAUGCGCAGCUUAUCGAGACGUCCACUGGAUCCAGCUCAGUCUUGGGAAGGAACGCACCCGUCGCGGAUGCCGUGAUGGUCCAUUAUCUACUGGGUUUCUUCGCACUCAUUGUGGCCGUCGCUGUCGGCGUCUUCCUUGUGGCGUACUACGUGCCGUUCCGCUCCACCCCUGCAUUGGAGCCGCUACUCGAGGCGAACGCGAUUCAUUACGGCACGGUGUAG